GUGAAAAAAUAGGAAAAUGCCGCUCGACCGUAAAUUCACUUCUUUGGCACUGGUAAUAUUCCUUUUCAGCGUUUGUCCUACUCCUAGCACACACGCCUACGAUUGUCAAGUGUUUCUGCAAGACAAGGAAAUCACAAGCACAGAUUGGGCGAGCUUAGAGCCCUGCCUAGGAUUGGCAAAUAGUGAAGACAUAUCUGCUAAUACAAGCGAAAAUAUUUGGCGUCUCAUCAAGAUUGCCUUUGAUGGCGUUGAAAAUGUACCACCAGAGGUGUAUGGUAAAAUUCGUUUAGUGCUUACAGCCAUCACUAACGAAGAGCUGCAUAACAUUAGCAUGGCACGUGUGGAGAUAGUCGAGGCAUUUGGUGGAGUGCAUGCGCUGAAUAGCGGCGACACGAACAAAGGCUUUACCGAUGAACAAAUAAAAUUAAUUGCCAGAAAAGUUCGUACGGAGUGGCUGGGAAAGCGACCGGAAACCUAUUCCGAAUAUGAUCUCGUUUCAAUGGGCGAAAUCGCAUGCCAUCUGAAUGCGAGUGAUAUUUUCAAUAUACAUGCGGAUGCUUUCAAAGCCGCUGCUGAAUCGAUUGGUAGUAUUGAAUCCUGUCCUGAAACUCAACUGCAGGCUUUUGCCAAAUUAGCGUUGCGAAAGGAGGCCUUUGGUGAGGCAAAGGAUUGGUCGAAAAUUGUUGUCAGCUUGGUUGGCAACAUUGUCAACGGCCUAUCGCAGCCCGAUAUGAUAGCUAUCGACGAGAGCAAACUAAAACUUAAUCAGUUCUAUGCUCAAAAAAAGAAAAAAAAGAGUCACAAAGGUCAAAAGAGACAUGUUGAAAAUGGCGAAGAACAAGAAAAGUCGACAAAAAGGAGAACGUCACACUAAUAAGGAUUAACAUCGAUACUAUUAAACUCCAUUACUCAGUACCAGCAUUAUUUAUGAAUCGGUUAAUUAUAAUUUGGUAAUUGUCCACGAUAAUAAGUCAGCAGUUUUCCGAACCGAACUGCAUCAAAAUUGUCAUAUCG